AUGCCGCGCAGCCCCCCGGUCGCGCUCGCCGGCUGGUGGUGCGACGACGCGAGCGAGUACGCGUUCGUCGGCUUCAGCUACGAGACAAGCAGCUGCCAGAGCUACGCGCAGAUGCGCAGCGAUUUCAUGGACGCCAAGCACUCGUUCAAUGCCCGCUACAUUCGCAUCUACGGCGCCUGCGACGACGACGGCUACUGGGACCAGAUCGUCAAUGUCGCAUACGAGGUCGGCAUUGGCCUACAUGCGCUCGUAUGGUUUGGCUUUAAUGGCGACUCAAGCUACAUUGGGCGCCGCGACCAGCUUCUGCAGACGCUCACGACGAACCCUAAAGCGCCAUUCGUCGUGAGGCUGGUCCAGUUUGGCUCCGAGCCGCUGUUCGACUAUGUGCUCCCCGUAAACGAGCUCAUGUCGGAGGUUGUGCGCGCGCAGCAGAUCCUCGGUGGCCCGAACAUCGCGAUCGACGUCACGAUCAGCGAGCUGGCGUACGGCUACCAGGCGCAGCAGGACAGCGGGGCCUACGACCUGUUCGAUAUAAUCGACCCCAUCAACCAGCACCAGCUGCCGUACUUUGCUCAGGACGCCUCGAGCGCCUCUAACUCGUGGCACGACCUGCGGAACGACCUCGACUUCUUCCUCCAGCACGGCGGCGGCAAGAAGAUCUACUGGGACCAGAACGGUUGGCCCAGCACGCACUAUCCCGGUGUUGAGCCCAACUCACCCGAUGCUGUCGCGAAUGUGCCCAACGAGCAGGCCUACUUUCAGCUGCUCGAGAGCAAGUGCACCUACCUCAAGUCCGUCCGCGGCGGCGGCGUUGGAUGGUUCUUUCACAUCUACAGCGAUUCGCAAGAACCUGGCUACGGAUACUACGGCAUGGACGGAAAUCCCAAGUUUACUCCGUUCCAGCCAAGCCUCUUCUGCUGA